UGGCUACAUGUGAUAAAGAAAAAAAGGAGUCUGUAAUUAUGGGGGAUUUUAAUAUCAAUUUUUUGUCAGCCAAAAAUGAUACAUUUCUCAAUAUUCUUUUAUCUCGGUUUUAUCAACCGCACAUUAUACAACCUACUAGAUUUUCUGAGAAUGAUGGUCACUCACUAAUAGAUAAUAUUUUUUUCAAUAGGCUCGAAUAUGUUUGCACAAGUGGUAACUUGCUUUCUCACAUUUCUGAUCAUUUACCUAAUUUUUUAAUAAUCUGCAAAAAACAGGACAGGAAAAGCAAAAAUAAGGUUUACAAAAGGGACUACAAAAAUUUUGAUCAGAAAGCUUUUCUGGCAGAUCUCACAAAUUGUAAUAUGGUUGACUCCCUAGAAGGUACCACAGACAUAAAUUCUAUGUAUGAUUUUUUUCAUGACAAAAUAGGUCUUCUUAUCGAUAAACAUGCUCCAUUGAAAUCAAUCUCUAACAAAAAAAUGAAGCAAAGAAGAAAGCCAUGGAUUAAUGAUUUAUUCUAAAACUUAUUGGGAAAAAAAACACCCUAUAUAGCCAUUUUAUCCAAACCGGUGACAGGGAAACUCUUAAGCAAUACAGGUCCAUUAGAAAUGACAUUAACCACGAAAUACGUAAAGCAAAAUACCAAUACCACAAAGAUUAUUUUACUUCAUGUAAGAAUAACAUAAGAAAAUUCUGGAAGGGAGUCAACCAAAUUAUUAAUUGCAAACAGGUAAAAGAUGAAUCACCAAAUCUUAUCAUCUCCAAUGGGAAAACAUAUAAUAAUCCAACCGAUAUCGCAGCAGAUAAAUUUAUACUUUGUAAAUGUUGCUCCAUCUCUCAUUAAAAAACUUCCAAAACAAACUACAAAGAGAGAUUUUACUUCUUACCUUGAAAAUCAAAUUGGCACAAGCCUUCUAUAUAGCACCAGUUACCAAAUGUGAAGUGGAGGAUCUACUAGGGUCAUUUAAUGGGAAAAAAGCAUCUGACAUUUACAACUUUCCUAUCAAUGUCAUUAAAGACAUUAAAACUAUCAUUAGUGAACCACUAAGUAUAAUAAUUAAUAAGUCCUUUUCAACAGGAAUC